AUGCUACCAAAAACCAUGGGGUUGAAAUAUUUGCUAGAUUUGCAUUUCAAAAACAGUGAAGAUUUGAGUACAAGAGGUACCUCGGUAUCCACUGUAAAUUGUACUGAGAUUCGAGUAGUAAAUGCUUUCCGACAGGGCCUAGAUGCUAGGUAUGGUGAACACAGCAAUCCUUCCUUAGCCGAGGUACUUCGGAAGCAGACAUCCCUAUCUAAAAGGCUAUCACAAACUUCUUCUAUCGAGUACGCCGACAACAUCCCAGAUGAAUUGACGAUACCAGACAUUGACGUGGAGCGGUUAUCCUCCCACAGUCACACGGAGACAGCUGUCUAG